AUGUUCAAGCGAGACCUCGAAAUUAUCGACGACCUAAGACGAGAUGCUGUCAACGUUCGGGAACCUCAUACCAGCGGCAUCGCCAAGCUCAUGAAGUAUGCGGCACAGCUGGUUUGGAUAGGCGGCAAAUUCCCCAUCGAUAUUGGUGCCGAAUUCUCGUGGUAUCCCGCCCUGGGAUACAACACGGAGCAACCGCUGGUACGCAACAACCUCAAGUUCGAGUUGCUCAACAUCCUUUACAAUCUGGCGUCUCUAUACUCGCAGCUGGCGUAUCACACACACAGCGGAAACGGGACCAACGCCGACGCUCUCAAGACGGCCGCAAACUACUUCUCGCUGGCGGCCGGUGUGCUCACCCACAUGCAGACGACGGUGCUUCCAGAACUGCGCAUGUCGGAUCCGCCUGAAGAUAUGGACGCAUGCACUCUCGGAUCUUUGACCAACCUCAUGUUGGCUCAGAGCCAGGAAUGCUUCUGGCAAAAGGCUGUCACGGACGGUUACAAGGACGCGUCCAUUGCUAAGCUGGCUACGCGCGUCUCGGAUCUUUACCACCUCGCUGGAGAGUCGGCCACUAAGAGCCACGCCGUCAGUACUGCCUGGAUACACCACGUCACCGCCAAGCACCACCGCUUCGCUGCCGCCGCCCAGUACCGCGCCGCCUGCAGCUGCCUUGAGAGGGGCAAGUUUGGCGAGGAGGUUGCCAGGCUCAGGGAUGCUCUCGAUUGUAUCAACGAGGGCCUCAAGGAGGCCAAGAUCAAGGGAAUCGGCAUCGCCCAGAACAAGAUUGUCCUCGACGAUCUCACUGGUCUUAAGCGAAAGGUUGAAGAGGAUCUCAAACGUGCUGAGAAGGACAAUGACAUCAUCUACCUUAAUUAUGUCCCGCCUAAGUCUGAACUCCAAAUCCUCGAACGUGCCAAUAUGGCUAUUGCACGGACGCCCCCCGAGGUCGCUGACCCCUAUAAGUUCCUCGGUGACAAGGCCGAGUUAGGGCCAGCUUUAUUCUCGCGACUUGUGCCCUUCUCUGUUCACGUCGCCAUAUCCAUAUAUGAGGAGAGGAGGGACCGCAUGGUGAACCAGCAAAUCAUCCAGCAGCUGGAAACGCUUACCGAGAGGAUUCACACACUGUUCGAAUCGCUGGGACUGCCUGGAUCACUGCAGGCUAUUGAGAAGCCGAUCGGACUGCCACAGUCUCUGGUUCAACAUGCCGAGGACAUUAGACAGGCAGACGCUAUUCAGCGGGUGCGGAGAAGCUUUGUAGACAUUGACAAGCUGAGAGCAGUUGACGUGGCCAUAUUUGAAGAAGGCAAAAUGGCUCUGGCGUCCGAGGAGGAGGAAGACCAGCGAUUAAGGACAAAGUAUGGGACGGACCGGUGGAUGCGACCAGACUCGCAGAGUGACGUGCAGGGUGUCGAGCUUCGAGGCGUCGCGGCAGAAAUCGAGGGCUACCUGGGUAGCAGUAUGAGCAGCGACGGCGUCGUCAGAGAUAAGUUUGCUAGCAUCGAGGACUUGUUGCGGGUGCUUUCAGGCUCGGAUCGUAGUCUGAUGGACUACGUACCCUCGUCGCGGCGCACCGAGACGUCGGACGAGGUCAAGGAGGCCGUGGCUAAGUUGCGGAGCGCCUACAGUGACGUGCUACGGCUUGAGAGCCGACGACGCAAGAAGAUUGAGACAUUGCGGGACAAUGUGCGCCGUGACGAUAUCAAGCCCGACAUGCUCAAGGAGGCUGCCAGACUUGAGCGCACAUACCCGACAACACCUCUCGUACCAGCUCACUUUGAAGAUCUCUUCGACAAGCGCCUUGACAAGCUGUACGAGCCUGAGAUGCAGGCCCUGUCCAGGGAAGAGGAGGAACAGGAAAAAGCCCUGGACGCCGUCGAGCGUGCCAACCGCGAAUUCGAGACGGCCAAGUCACGCCGGAACACCAGCCAGAGUUCCAGAGAACGAGAGUCAGCCCUGCAGCGCCUCGACACGGCCUACUUUAAGUACAAGGACGUUGUUAAUAACCUAGAGGUUGCCCGCAAGUUUUAUAAUGACCUUAAUAAGAUUGUCGGCCAGGGGUUUCGCGAUCGGGUAAAGCAGUGGGUUGCCAGUCGUCACAUGGAGGCCCGUUCCCUCGAACAAGAGAUCAGCAUGCCGCCACUGGCGAACCUCAACAUAAACAGCCACGUGCCCUCGCUGUCGUCGCAGACCCUGGCCCCCCAGCAACAUCAGCAGUCCCCCCAAUAUGGCACGCCCCAGCCUGAGGCCUCUAACAUUCAAUCCUGGGGCGGGCCGGGUGCGGCGGGGCCAGCCCCUGACCACGUCCAGCAGCCAAGGCCUAUGCAGCCGCAGACAUGGAAGCCUAACAUGGGGAUCCGUUUCUCCGGCACAGGACCUAUGUCCACGGCGAAUGCUGCUGUUCCCGAUCAGGCACAGCAGCAGCAGCCAUCGCAACAGCCGAAUCUACAGGGGCAACAGCCGGCCACUUGGAAUCCCAGUUCAGGCCUACGUUUUGGCUAG